AUACGAUGAUGGAAUUUUGAGCGUUGUCGGACCUGUGCUUUCUUCUCCUCCAGGCGCAUUCUCACUGUCAGGAUGGCGCCGCAGGCUCCUGAGGAGGACGGCUGGACGGUUGUUGGAAGAGUCCGAAGCAAAGGUGCAGAGAAGGAUGGGAGACGACCUGUCCCUCAGAAGGUGACGGUGCAGCUGCAACGAGAAGCAAUGCCGGUGUUGAAUGGUUGGGGAGGUCUGACAGAUUUCUAUGGUCAAGGAACUAAGUUGAGCAGAAAGGGGAGUGGGAAGAAAGUCCGUCAGAACUCUGUUGGGGCAAAGGACGACAUUUCAAGGCUGGUGGAAAAAGUGGAGGGUGCAAGGCUGGCCGUUGAGACCUCGGAGUUUUACCAGCGCUUUUUGGAAGCCUGGAAAAGCAAGAAUCUCUCCGUUGUCUUGGAGGAGACCCCCAGCCCCCCUCCCUCUCCAACAGAAUCGAAACAGCCCUCCCCGAAUAUACCCGCUCAGAACCCCGACCGACUACAAACGUCGGGUAUAGAAGCAGCCUCCAGCAAACCCUUUGAGAACGUUGUGGCUGUAAACCAUGAAAACGAAGCAGGAAUUGAAAGAUCAAACGGUGGCGCUUUACCUGGCGACGAGCGGACGGGGUCUGAUGGUCAAAGUCCUGCAAACCCUGGACCGGCAGAUUUGUGUUUCAAACAUGAGACAGCAGGCAGCACGGGGUCAACAAAGGAGUCGGAGUGCAUCAAGCAUCUCGAUAUUGUGGUCUACGGUGUUGGGAGCAUUUCAGGAAGCGACACGUCCAGGUGUCAGCUGGCGUUUGCGCUGCUGUUGAAGCAACUUGUGCCGAGUGCCGAUCGUCUCCUCGUCUACGACCCCGCUUUCUCAGAGGUCGACCGUCAGGCGCUCGAGCGGCUUGGUUGUGACGUCAUCAACGUGAAUGAGGAGGGCAAACGGAGCGCCGCCCGCCCCACGCUGUUCUAUAUGCCCCACUGCGAGGAGUGGAUGUACGAUAACGUGCUGUCGGCGAAUUGGGAUGCGGAGCGUUUGGGGCGGGUUGCCAUUCUGGGGAACAGCUUUGGGAAUUACUAUGACAGGCUUGGAUUGUAUUCCGCUGAGAUGAAAGCGCAUAUGCGGCACAUUCGGCACGUUGCUUCGGUGUUGGAGGAGUUGCGGAUACACGACCUCGGCUUCCCCAACGCUUCCGCUUUCAACGACAUGAGUUGGCACUCCUUCAAAGUUGCUGCCCAGGAGACCUUCUUUUCGGGGCUCCAGCUUGUAGAAUGAGAAGUAGAUGCGGGAAUCAGGACGCGAUUCUUAUCAGGUCUUGUUCAGGAGCAGUGUCACACUUGCACACAACCCGAAUAAGCGCGGUCUACUCUAUCACUGCGUUGUUGCUUGCCUUUAGCACGAUCAUUGGUAUCAACAAGGUGAAAGCCACUAUUUGGUCGGCGCUAUGGUCGCCUGUCCAAUCAUCAACUUGACCAGUGCUGCAGUCUGGCCCGUCUUACACACCGGUCCGAGGUGACGGCGUGCAUUUAAGGUGACCCGACAGUGCGCGUAUAACGAGAUGGCUUUGCUUCAGUACACAUGAAGAACUU